AUGGCGAUGCUGCUCCAUCCACCAAAGCGUCGGCGAUCCAGCGCUCCACCUCCGGUCGUCGCCACCAGCAACGACGGCGUGCUGCCUCUAGACCUUCUCUACGACGUCCUGCUACGCCUCCCCGCCGAGACGCUCUGCCGUUUCCGCGCUGUUUGCAGGUCAUGGCGAUCGCUGCUCAGCCACGCGGACUUCAUCGCCGCUGCCCGUAACCCUGGCCCGCUCAUCGCUGUUGGCAUAAAAGAUUACUUAUCAAAAAACGAGGUCACCGUCCUCGACAUGGAGUCCGGCGGCGCCGUCACGCGGGUAAAAGUCGCCAACAACGACCUUACAUACCCCAUGAGUCACGACCGCGUGGUCUGUAUCCUCGACCCACAGAACCGGCUCCGCCUGUUCGACCCCGCCAACGGCGAUGUCGUCCUCUUGCCCGACCAUGCGCCGCGAGAGGGGCACAUAUUAAUCUGGUCCCCGGUCGGGCGCGCUGCCUCCACGCGAGAGCACAAGGUGCUCGCCAUCACCACAUCGACAUCAGCUAGGCACGAGCCGUUUGUCUGCAAGAUCCUCACCCUCGGCCUCGGUGACGAUGGUUGGAGGGUUACACAGAGUCCUUCGUUGAUGCUGGUUGGAGACGUUGCUGUGAUCAAUGGGGUCGCCUACUUUCUCUCGAGCUAUGCGUACCACCAGACCAUGGUGUAUCAACAGAUCAUGGCGUUCGACUUCAACAAGGAGGUGUGGCGAUCAUCCGCGGAUUCCCUCCGAGGCCCAGCAAACUGCCAAUGCAUCAAGUUGGCCGAGUUGGAAGGUCAACUGGUCGCAUGCCAGUCCACCAAUCGCCUCACCUCCUCCAUUGAGCUAUGGUUCCUCAUGGACUCGGACCGGUCUCUCUGGUUCAAACGGUACACCAUCAACAUGCCAGCCUACCAAACCCAAACCCACCAGCCACAGAUGUGCUACACCGCUGAGUUCUUCCAGAAGCCAUUAGCAGUGUUGGAUGAUGGGAGGAUUGUGAUUUACAUGCGCCAGCAGGGGUGCAUCUUCAAAAAAGGAAUAUUGCGGAUCUACAACCCAAGAACCAAGACAUUCAAGGAUGGGACAUUGGUACCCCAUUGUAAUCAUAUGAGCCUCUUCACGUGGAACUUGUUGGAUGCAGGGCAGAAAGGUGCGUUAGACGACGCAGUGAAGCGUCUACUAAUUGGUAGACGGCAUCACUGA